UUCUGCCCUCUUUGCACAAGGAAGUUUUGUUUCCACACAGUUUUGGAGCAAUACCCGCGAUCCCCUCAAUUAGAAAUACUGUAAAAGGGCAGAACGGCUGGUGCUAUCUAUCCCAAAACAGCUGCAAAAAGGUUUUCUGUCUUAAGUGGUCUUAAAAGUGUCUGGUCUUGUGGCCAUUAGUCAGGCAAGAAGCGUCCGCUUUGGUGCAAAGGCCUGGGUCUGCCUGGUCCUUGGCCGGGAGAAGCUCACAACAGAUUAGCCAGGAAUUUGUUGGCCGGCCCCCAGUUCAGCCUCCGGCUUCUUCCUAAACUUCCCUGCAACGAAUUUCCUGGUAAGAAGGCUGUUCAGCAGCGGAGAAGAAGAAUGUCUCGGAGGGGAGUGAGCUCUUCUUCCUUCAAGCCCGAGUCGGACCGAGAUGCCCCAGACAACGGAGGCGGAAGCCUGGGCCCUAGUCCAGUGGCGCUGGAACCUCUGGAAAAAGAGUGGCUCCAAGGAGCAGCCAGUGGCCAUGUGGCUACUCUCAGGCAACUGCUCCAGCAGGAUCCAAACCUGGCUACGAAGAAGGACUUCACCUCGGGGUUUACAGCCCUGCAUUGGGCAGCCAAGCAUGGCCAAGAGGACUUGGUCACUCUGCUUCUGGACACGGGAGCCGAUGUCAACCUGCGAGCACUGAUGGAGCUGUUCAUCUGGACCUACGGUGCCAAGCAGAAUAUCCGGGAUUACAGCGGGCGCCUGGCCAGGCACUACUUGCACCUCGAAUCUCCGAAGGACGCCCCCCACACGCCCCAACUGGGACCAAUGCGUGGGGAGCGAAGCAAGAACCGGAAGCUGGCCUCCCUCUUCCUGCCCAAGACCAGUGGCCAGGGCCAGCGGCGGUGGGGCUCGGCCAGUGACCUGACAGAAGAAAAGCAGGAGGAGGACAGCAGGGAAGAGGGGCAGGAGCCACAGAGGGGCCCCCAACACCUGGCCCUGCCCCCCAACUACCGGCCGGUGCGCAAGUUCUCUCGCUAGCUGGCCAGGACCCCUCUGGAUCUCAACUUUGGAAUGCUAUGGACACAGACUUGGCACCGAGGGGUGAUGGUGCCGUGUGUGGCACUUUCUGGCCCCACUUAUCCUGCAUGCCCAUGGGACUCUCUUUUUCCUCCAUGGCAGGGACUCUGGACCACUGUGGCAAUAAAGGCACUUUGAGCAUGCCCAAC